AUGACCUUGAACAAUACAAAUAAUCUUGUAUGCACUAAAGAAGAUAAAAAUUUUGUAUUAAUUAUUCUAUUAAUUGUUGGUGGAUGGUCAUCGGUUGUUACCUGUAUAUUAGGCUUAUUAGGUAACACAUUUUCAAUAAUUGUAUUAGCAAAUAAACGUAUGAAAACAUUGUCAACUAAUGUAUAUUUAAUCGCAUUAGCAGCUGUUAAUCUUCUUUGGCUUAUUUUAUUCUUUAUAUUCUAUGCUCUUCGUUUUACUAUUGUUAUUCCGUUUUUUAUUUCGAAAAAUCAAGAAAAUUUAUACAGCAUCUAUAAUGAAAUGUUUUAUCAGUUAUCACCAUAUACUAUUCCACUAAUGAAUACUCUUCAAUUAUGUAUAACUUAUUAUACAGUAGCUGUUUCUGUUGAUCGUUAUUUAUAUGUUUCAAUGGGUUUAAAUGCUAGCCAAUAUUGUACUAUACGAAACGCUUUACGUAUAAUAUUAUUAUUAACAAUAUUUGCAAUUAUUUUUAUGAUACCACAUUGGUUUGAGUUUCGUGUUAUUGCACAAAUUGACACUGCAAAUCGAACUUAUUAUACAAAAUCAUAUACGUUUAUUGGUCAAAAAAAAAUGUUUCGUGAAAUUGUUAAUAUUUAUAUUUUUAUUCCAAUCGUAUACGUUAUACCAUUUGUUACAUUAAUAUUAAUAAGUAUUUUAACAAUACGUCGACUUGUACAAUAUCAUGAUGAACAUCGUCGUUUAUUAUCAACAUCAAUUCGACAAAUGGCAAUGUUAAAAACACAUUUAAACUAUUCACGACGACAUCAUCAUGUAACAAUAAUGCUUAUAGCAGUUGUACUUUUAUUUCUUUUAUGUCGUUUUCCAAUGCUUAUUAAUCAAAUUUAUGAAGUUCGAAAUCCAACAACAGGUAAUUAUAUAUUAAAAGAUAGUCUUUAUUUUCGAUGUCGAAUUCAACGUAUAUUUGAUACGUUUGCUAAUUUUAUGCAAACAAUUAAUUCUAUUGGAAAUUUAAUUAUUUAUUUAUUGUGUUGUCAACAUUUUCGUGAAACAUCAAAAGAUUUAUUUGAAAAAUUAUUAACUUAUAUGAGAGCACAAUCAAAUGAAAAUUUAUUAUUAACGACGCAACCGCGUUCAAGAGGAAGUACACGUUUAACAUAUACAUAA